GGGAGAUUCAAACUUGCUUCUUUGAAGACGAGCAGAGCAUAUCCUUGCCGAUUCACCACCUGAGCUUCAGGCUAAAUAAGAAUCACCUACAUUUUGGAAGAAACACGACAGCUAGCACAGUUAGUAUAGGUUCGACCCAAGAAUGGACCAGCUAAUGCUGAACUUCCAAGGUGCCAUCCAGGGGAUGACAUGGGAGGAGAUCCGGAGUACCCUGAUGGUGGUUAUUUCAGACUGCUUCCCUCCUGCUGAGCCUGCUGGUGCGUCUCUUCCCACUCGUCUUUGUCUGCUGGAACCUGCUCAGCUGUAGUCUUGCUGCAGCCACCUGGCACAUUCCUCCACUGACAACCUAAUUUGCACCUCACCAGCCAUGACGCUUCCCAGCAUCUUCCCGCCAUUAGCAAAUUUCCAUCCCAUUCAAAUGCUGAACGGCGGGGUGGUCUACGAGAUUGUGUCAGUCCCCCAAGUCACCACACCUGCACCGAAACCCUCCAAGGCAAAGAGAAACAGAUAUACAAAGCAGGAGGGUCAUGUCAAGAAGCCACCCAAGGCGUUCAUGUUGUUCCAGAGGGAGAACAGGCACCGUGUGGUAACCGACAAGAGCUUCAGGAACAGCGCCAAGGUCAACACCAUCCUGGGCCAGAUGGUAAGCCACAACCUUCAACUGAGUAAAGUGUAGAUCAAUGCCCAUCGAUGAGCAAGUCAAGUAUUAUGAUAUGACUGAUCAGGAGCUACACUGCCAGCAGCAGCAACUGUACUCACCUUCCAUAAUAAAUAUUUUUGUUGUU